AUGCCUUCCAAACUUGAAGAUAUCAUUCACUCCAUUAUUGCGAGUGCUCCAUCUGGCGAGAUCCAAGAUGUAUACAAAGAUUUGAAAAUUCUAGCAGGAGAUGAAGCCGAAGAAGCCAUUUCAGAUGCGAUAGCUCAGUACAAUGUGAGCAACUUGAUUCCCAUUAGCUUGAGUGGGAAGUCAAUAAUCAUCUCUGAGUUCAAUAAAGAGGGCUCCAAGUUUUUUGAUCCAGUCAGCUCCGUGCAAUUUUCAGUGGACCAUUUGAAUCGCAAGGCUCUGGACGUGGAAAAGUGCGACAAGCAACUCGGGAAUAAUGAGAGAAAACUUUACGAUGAUCUAGAGAGCUACGCGUCGAAGCAUUUUUGCGGAGAUGUUUCUUAUGCUGUUUACCCAAGAAACGAAGAUACCCACGAAGUCGUUGUGGUGAUAGUCAGCACUAAGUACAGCCCCGGUAAUUUCUGGAAUGGACAUUGGAAAUCCAUAUAUCGCUACAACAUGCAGACAGAGCAUCUUGUUGGAACAAUCGAUAUCAAUGUUCACUAUUUUGAAGAUGGUAAUGUUAGUUUUAAAUGCUGUAAAGAAGUUGAGGAUGGCAAAGCGCCCAAUGCUAUUCUAGCAAUUAAAAAGCUGGAGAACGACCUAGAAAACGAGAUCAGCGCAUCCUUUACAAAUCUGAAUGAGAGGCAGUUCAAGCUUCUAAGAAGAAGACUUCCUGUGACCCGCUCCAAGAUAAACUGGGGAAAGGGUAUUGGAACUUACAGACUAGGUAAAAAUUCGGCUGAGAGUCAAUUCAAUUAA